UUAAUCCCCGGUACGGAAAAUUGGCCUUUAUUCAAAAAAAAUAAAAGUGAACAAUUUGAAGCUCGAUUUAGUUUAGUUGAAAUAACUUCUCCAACUAUCGCAUACACAAAGCCUUCAAUAUUUCUCAAUGGAAUGCAUUCAUCAAUAUUUCCUAUUGCUGUUGCACAUAGUGAAGGCAGAGCAGAAUUUUCUAGUGAAGAACAAUUAAAAAAACUAAUAGCCCAAGAUCUUGUCGUGGCGAGGUUUGUAGAUAAUUACGGAAAUCCAACUGAAAAGUAUCCAUAUAAUCCAAAUGGAAGUCCAUUCGGUAUAACAGGUAUUCAAACACCAAAUGGAAGAGUGCUGGCUAUGAUGCCACACCCUGAACGCGUAAUUCUUAAGGAAUCGUACUCGUGGUAUCCUGUUGAAGAAGGUAAAAAAUGGGGUGAAUUUGGACCUUGGUUAAGAAUGUUUAGAAAUGCUAGGGUUUGGGUGGGUUAA